AUUCUCCCUCACAAACGUUCCUGUUACCUCGCCCCUAUCAUCCCACCCCCUAUUCACCUCGCUUACACCACCCAAAAUGUCCUCCCCCAACCCACCAUUCACAAUCCACCCCGCAACACCAGCAGACAUCCCCCGUCUAACACACAUCUACCUCGUCGCCCUGUCCGACGACCCGCCCGCACAAAUCAAAUUCCCCUCCUCGACCGCCUUCAACGCGGCCGUGACCGCCAUGCUCGAAAAGCAGAUCGGGGAUCCGAAAUGGUGCAUCAUGAAAGCGGUCGACACCUUCUCUGGCGAAAUUGGGAGUUGGGGGAGUUGGUUGGAACAUUCGGCUUCGGACGCUGACCAACGACCUAGCAAACACCAGCAUGAAGAAGGAGAGAACGGUGAAGAAGAAGAAGAAGAAGAAGAAGAUGAGGGUAAAUUCGAUUUCAACCCAGGUAGGUCUCGGCCUCUACGUUAUGGAGCACACGAAUGCGCUUUUUAGCCAACAUGCACUUGCUCACGGUGAUAAGGGGCGGUAUCUCUCGCUGCGAGCGUGUUUUACGGACCCGGGGUUUCGGAGGAGGGGUAUGGCCAUGGCGUUGAUGCGGUAUGGGGCCGAGAGGGCGGAUGGGAUGGGGCUUUGGAUGGUGGUGCAGGCUAGUCCCAGGGGCAAGGGGGUUUAUGAGAAGGUGGGUUUCAAGGUGUGGAGUUGGUUGGAU